UCGUUCAUGGUGGUGGGAAUUGUGCGAUCUUUUUCGAUGCAAUCUAGCGGCCGGGACCGCUCAAAGAACUAGUUAAUUAGGCACGAAAUAUUGGUCGGUGCGUUCCGGUGGCUGUUUACCGACCAAGGAGCCUGCUGUCUCUGUGUUAUUGGCUGAUAGUUUGCCGAUCGGCUUUCAGCGUUCGCUAACGCCGCUUUGUGGCAAAUUCUCUUCCGCGAACACACGCACACACCGACGCGAGCGCGUAGCAAACCUUCUGCAUACAACGGAACCGCUGCGCUGAAGUUCAACGAUUUGGCGGGAGUGUGUCGAACGGUGCAGAGUUAUCGGUAAAAAAUAAGCAUUCGAUUGCAAGACAUGGGUGAACGAGGUGACGGAGCGGAAUCGUUCGAUGAUGCGGUCGAAGAGCGGGUCAUUAACGAGGAGUACAAAAUUUGGAAGAAAAACACCCCAUUCCUGUAUGAUCUCGUAAUGACACACGCGCUCGAGUGGCCCUCGCUAACGGCCCAAUGGCUGCCGGAUGUGACCAAACCGGAAGGGAAGGACUACUCGGUGCACCGGCUCAUCCUCGGCACGCACACGUCGGACGAGCAGAACCAUUUGCUGAUUGCGAGUGUCCAGCUGCCGAACGAGGACGCACAGUUCGAUACGAGCCACUUUGACAACGAGAAGGGCGAGUUCGGAGGGUUCGGCUCGGUGUCGGGCAAGAUCGAGAUCGAAAUUAAGAUCAACCACGAGGGCGAAGUGAACCGGGCCCGUUACAUGCCACAAAACCCGUGUGUCAUUGCGACCAAAACGCCAUCGAGCGAUGUGCUUGUGUUCGAUUACACGAAACAUCCGAGCAAGCCGGAAGCGAGCGGCGAGUGUCACCCGGAUUUGCGACUGCGGGGCCACCAGAAGGAGGGCUACGGGUUGUCAUGGAACCCGAACCUGAACGGGUAUUUGCUGUCCGCGAGCGACGAUCACACCAUCUGCCUGUGGGACAUUAACGCGACCCCGAAGGAGCAUCGGAUUAUUGACGCAAAAAACAUCUUCACCGGACACACCGCCGUGGUAGAGGACGUGGCCUGGCACUUGCUACACGAAUCGCUCUUCGGGUCGGUGGCCGACGACCAGAAGCUCAUGAUUUGGGACACGCGAUGCAACAACACGUCCAAGCCGUCCCACACCGUCGACGCGCACACGGCCGAGGUGAACUGUCUGAGCUUUAACCCGUACUCGGAGUUCAUCCUGGCCACUGGUUCGGCGGACAAAACCGUCGCCCUGUGGGAUCUGCGUAAUCUCAAGCUUAAGCUGCACUCGUUCGAGUCGCACAAGGACGAAAUUUUCCAGGUGCAGUGGUCGCCGCAUAACGAAACCAUUCUGGCCUCGUCCGGCACCGAUCGACGCCUGCACGUUUGGGAUCUGUCGAAGAUCGGUGAGGAGCAGAGCGCCGAGGACGCCGAAGACGGUCCACCCGAACUGCUCUUCAUUCACGGUGGUCACACGGCCAAGAUAUCUGACUUCUCGUGGAAUCCGAACGAACCGUGGGUGAUUUGUUCGGUGUCAGAGGAUAACAUUAUGCAAGUUUGGCAGAUGGCCGAGAACAUGUACAAUGACGAGGAGCCGGACGUUCCGGCCAGUGAGAUCGAGGGUGGCGCACCGUAAAGAGAGAAAGUUCACUAUUCCAUCAUUCAUUUUUUUAUCACUUUCACCCUAUUACCCACCAUGUCAAAUCCGGCCUUGGAGUUGUGUUAAUUUCGUUGUCGAAGCGGUCGUUGAUUUGUUUUUCGUUCAUUCAUCCUUUUUUGUUUCUAUGCGUGAUACAAACACAAAAUGCAUCGAUCAAGGAAAACCCGGAACCUCACGGUUCAGGAUUCUUAUAUCAGUCGACGCUAGGGGCACUUAGAAAACAAUAGAUGUAACACACAACACAAAUACGCAAACAGCUGAUGCAAAUACGUAAUACAAAUACUAUUUUCCUUCAUCUGAAUAAAAUACAUUUGAAAAGAUAUUAACCUCUGAGGAAAACAUUUCAGUCAGGGUCAUGGUGUGUUGGUAAGUUGUUUCACAACUAAAUACAACAACUAAUAAUACAACUCUGAACGAUAGUUUUACGCAAAAAACCUUAUGGUAUAUCGAUAAAUUUUAUUGGCAAAUCAUAAAUUUUG